CUCUCUGAAAUCAAUAAAGACAUAUUAAAAUAAAUGCUAUACGUGUAAACUCAUUUAGUUAUCCUAAAACUGUGUGAUACUGGUAUUAGCCCUAUUUUCCAAUGAAGGAACCAGGGCACAAAGAAUUUAAAUGACUUUGUCCAGACACAACGAAGAGGUUUUUUCUUCUCCAAACUGGAAUUUGGCAUGUUACACAAAAUCUAGAGUUAACCUUUGUAUGCCAAGGGUAUAUACCAUGACGAAAAAUUUAACAAGUUUACUUAAAAAUAUUUUUGAAAUUUUGUAUUUAUUGGUUUUUAGAGAUAGAGGUCAAUUUGUUGUUUCACUUAUUUAUGCUUUCAAUGUCUGAUUCUUGUAUAUGCCCUGACCAAACCCGAAACUUUGGCUCAGGACAGUGAACCAACUGAGCUACUUGGCAAGGGCUUAACAAGUUUACUUUCAACAAGUUCAUUAACAAGUAAAAUAAAGAAGAAAUAUAUAAAGAUACCCUUUUCCACACCCAGUACACUUGGCGUUGAGUGUUUGUUCAGGAGCUGAAGGGAUUGAAGGGGGUCAAUAGACUGAUGUGUCCAAGUAUCUGGAAGUCCACUAUGUGUACUGAAACCGCACGGGUUAUUUUAGGAAACCACAGAGCACAGCCCUAGACUUCUUUUUUCUUUUCUCCUUUCUGCCCCAGCCUUCUGUUGAUCAGGAAACUUCAGAACUGGGUAGUUAGUUGUAAAAUCCACAGCAACUAUGAAGACGCACUCCGGCCAGGCGAGCUCAGACGGUUGGAGCGUCCUCCGAUACGUCAAGGCUGCGGUUCCGCCUCCAGUCAGGAUACACAGGAAGCUCAACCCUUAGCAAUCGCACUUCGGACUUCUCAACGGGCCCCGCGCAGCGCACUCGGUGUCAACGCCCCCUUGACACGCUCAACCUUCUCGGCUAAAUCUAGACUUAAGGCCCAGGCGCUCUGGAUUCUAAACGUUUCGCUGACCAGGUCCUCUCUAGCCCCGCUGUUUUCUAUGGUGUCCUCUGUGGGUCGCUCUAGCCCGCGCAAGAGGCAGGGAGACGCGGUGCCGGCCUUUCUAGGCUGCGGGAGACUACAGAGGCCGCCUCGCUGGUCGUGCGGCGGGCUAUGGGGUCCUUGCGCAAAGUGCUGAUCGCAGUCGCAGUACUGGGUGCGUGGGCUGGCGUGGGCUCCACACUCUUUGUCCUUGUGACCCCGGGAGAGGAGCGGAUCCAGGCGAUGCUGAAGGAGAUGCCGGGGCAGGACUCACGGAGCCGGGAAGAGGCAGCCAGGACCAAAGAGUUAGUGCUGGCCACUCUGCAGGAGGCAGCUGCCACGCAGGAGAACGUGACCUGGAGGAAGAACUGGCUGAGCGGCGGCGGCGGCGGGAAGUCAGCGUGAGCCGGGACCUGCGCGGGUGGGCGCUGGGAGCUCCGCUCCCGCACAGGAGUCCGACUGGAGUCCGACCGAGGCGGCCUUUCUCUUCCAUGGACCUGGCGGGGAGCCUGGGCCCGGGGAGCUACCGCCGGCGGACUCAGGACCUACAAACGAGCGAACAGUAUUAUUGCCAGUUCAUUCUCCUCGAGCCCUCCUUGAUAAUCACACCGUGUCCC